AUGGGACAGCUUGGGGGCAUCUCGCCUCAGGGCAGUAUCGCUAUCGGGAUCAUUGUUGGCCUCCUAUCUACCUCAGUCCAGAGCCUCGGCUUGACCCUUCAACGAAAGUCACAUAUUAUUGAAGAUGCCAAAGAUCUCCCAGAGACGCGCCGCCCCCCUUACAAAAGGAGGAAGUGGCAGCUGGGAAUGUUCAUGUUUCUGAUCUCGAAUGUGGUCGGUAGCACUAUACAAAUCACCACACUACCAUUGCCUGUCCUGUCUACCCUCCAGGCUUCAGGCCUAGUCUUCAACACCGCAUUUGCGACACUCUUCCUCGGCGAGCCUUUCACUUACUUCUCCCUUGUGGGUACAAUACUCACCUGCUCCGGCGCAGCCCUCAUCGCUACGUUUGGCGCCAUCGGCGAACCCGCGCAUAAUUUGCAACAGCUGCUGGAUCUUCUCCGUCAACGGGACUUCAUAAUAUGGAUGGUUGGAACAAUGGUCGUGGUAGUCGCCACCAUCAUGUUUGCCCACGUCCUUAGAGUCUGGGCGUCUCACAAGUACAUCGCACAAAGUCUCCUCAAGGCCGAAAGACCUCGGUCUGUGUCUACGACUUCAGCCGGUUCUAUAACGUUCAAUCGUUCCUUCACAGCUCAACUACCUCAACCGGUGCGAACCAGAAUGAGUCGUUUGCGACUAAUUCGAGGCUUGUGCUACGCCUUGAUAUCGGGCAUCUUAUCCGCCCACUCACUCCUGGUUGCAAAAUCCGCAGUCGAGCUUCUUGUCCGGACAAUCGUCGAUCACAAGAACCAGUUCAACCGCUUUCAAUCAUGGCUUAUUCUCAUGGCGCUUCUCUUUUUCGCCUUGACCCAGUUAUAUUACCUCCACCUCGGCCUUCGUCUCUGCAGUACAAGUGUAUUAUACCCCUUUGUGUUUUGUGUUUACAAUAUCAUAGCUAUUCUAGACGGUUUGAUUUAUUUCCAACAAGCCUCCAGGCUCAGUGCCCUGCAUGCCGGCCUCGUGGCGUUAGGCACAGUCGUAUUACUCUCUGGAGUGUUCGCCUUGUCGUGGAGAUUGGAUGAUACGACACCACCAGAGUCCGCUCAUCCAGUGCUCCCGCCUCCAACGCCUCUGACACCCGGCAUGGGUUUGAUGCAAUCACCAACUGACGAACGACAUCCAUUGCCUCCCACAGCACGGGAGAGAAGUUCUACCUCUGUUUCACGACGCUCUGUGGAUGAGCAGACGCCACUCUUGGUUGGUCGCACAGGUCCACCCCCACAGUCCGUUCAGGCGCAAUCGGACGGUAACGCUAGAGGCAUAUGGGCGGAACUGGAUGACGAAGAAUAUCAGACUGAUUUCCUGGCAUCCCUGCCUCGAACAAGGUCUUCAUUUCUGACCCACAGUGUCAAGAUCCGUCGCCGCAGCGAUUCUGAUUCGUCCCAGGCCCUCACAACAGGCAGCCGACCAAAUUCAGCGGGAUCGAAAGGUGCCUGCAACGACGACUGGACCGAGGGUACCGAUCCUAUGAAUGAAAGUUCCGAAAAUUUGCAUGGACAGCUCAGCAGCGUGCCUCAUUCUGAACUCACGUCAGAUACCACGGACGAAAAGCCUCCGUCACACUCUCGUACGCGGCAAAGUACGUCUGUACGCUUCACUGAGCAGGAAGGACGGCAUCGUGACUCCGACUCAGGCUUCCAUUUAAGGCGGACGAGCCGGAGUCGAUUUGAUCAAGGCGGCGGGGGUGAGGCAGGGAAUUGA